UUAUUAUUAUUAUCAUUGAUGGUUGGAUGAAUGAUUUCGUUAUUCUCGUUUUUUUCUGUUUCGCUUUCGAUUUCUAUUUGUAUGGUUGAUGAACUUCAGCUAUUUACACUUGAUGGAAAUAAUUGGUUUUAUGUAGAUAAUAGUAUAGUACAAUAGGUGAGAGAUAAUAAUGAUAAUGAUAAUUAUUCCAAUUCUUAUAGUGAAAAUGGUCAAUGUGUUUUACAUGACUUGACAAUUCAUUCGAAUCUCACUGAUAAACAUCAGUUUGUUGUUUCGUCUCCUAUCUCAUUGUCAUCUGCAUUUGAAAUACCUAAUAGAAAUGCAAAUCAAACUUUGCCAAUCACUGACAAUACAGAGUACCUCAGUUAUUGUAUGUAUGUAUAAUAGUAUUAAUAAUAAUAAUAAUAAUAAUAAUAAUAAUAAUAAUAAUAAUAAUAAUAAUAAUAAUAAUAAUAAAGAUAAUAGUAAUAAUAAUAUACCUGCUAAUAUCGAAUUUAGCAGGCAGCUGAGCGAAUCGGAUUCUAACGAUUCCACUGUUUUUCCAACAUCGUAUUAUCAUCCUUCUUCCGAGUCUGCUGCUAUUCAUAAUGUAAAUGAUUCUAAUCAAUGA